AUGUCCGGCAGCUCAGUGAUUGCACGGAUCCUAAGGACUCUCAGAGAGGCCCUGGAGCAGGUAAUGGCCUUUUUGUGGCCCAGAACACCUAGCUCUACCCCACACUCCCAUCCAGAGAUCAUGUCGAGGGCCCUCGUGGAGAGUGGGGCAGGGAUGCCUGAGCAGGACAAGGACCUCAGAGUCCAAGAGAAGCCCGAUGAUCAGAAAGAGGGCCCUGAGGGCACCAGGCAUGCACGGUCUGCAUUUAGACCCCUGCGGGACAGUGGAGGCCUCUCUCCCUUCGUACCCAGGCCCGGGCCUCUGCAGAGAGAUCUCCAUACCCAGAGGUCAGAAAUGCCAUCUGACAAGAAAUCCCAGCCCUCCGGGAUGAGCUGCUGCCCCAAACGCAAUGCCAUCGCCAGCUCCUACAGCUCCACGGGAGGCUUCCCGUGGCUAAAGAGGAGGAAGGGGCCAGCCUCAUCCCACUGCCGGCUGCCCCUCACUUCUUCAAAGACAGUGACUGAGGUCAGCCCUCAGGCUGUCUCUCAGGGUCAGGCCCAGUGUGAAAAGGCAGCAGAUUCAGCACCUGGGGAGAAACUGGCCCCCAGGAGUGGCUCCCCGACAUCUCAGGCCUCUAGGCCUCAUAGACGAAAGUACCCUCUGCUGCCACGCAGGCGAGGGGAGCCUCUGAGGCUGCCAUCUCCCUUACAGCUGGGGUUCCGGGUCACCGCUGAAGACCUGGACCUGGAGGAAAAGGCCGAAAUCAUGUGCCUUAAUAGUGCACUGCAGGGCGAGGAAAAGUCCCUCUGGGAGUGCAGAGCCUCACUGCUUUCCCAUGCUUUGUCCUCACCGGCAACAGGGACGUCUUCUCUGCCUGCUGUCCCUAAAGCACCCAGCACGGAUGCACAGCAGGAGAGACGCAAGUCCCAAGACGACCUGGACCCCGUGGCCCUCCAAGCAUCUGCUGCAGGGUCCCCCUCUAGACCUCCUGUGUCUGGGAGGAAGCGCAGGACAUGGCCUCACUCUGUCUCUCAUGUUGGAGUGCAGCAGCAACAUCAGAGCUACAGCUUUGAACGCCUGAGCUCCAGCCUCCCGAGUAGCUGGGACUCCGGGUGCAUGUCACCAGAGCUGGGGCUGGAGGGUUGCAGAGACAGACAGAGAUGGCAGCCAGGACAGGGGAGCCCAGCAGGCCCAGAAAGGUCCACAAGCAGAGAGGAGUGUGAGGCACAUGGCUCCAGUGUCAGACUCCCCAACAUGCUGCGUGCUCAGCAGGAUCUGCCCACGGACAUCCAGGGAACACUCACCGUCCCCACCUUGGGAGAGGUCACCGGACAGAACUGCACUGGGUGGGACAGGGAUGGCCUCCAGCUGCAGGAAGUACAGCAGCACCUGGACCUGCCAGAAAGAGUGGGAAAGAGGAGAGAGGCUCAGAGGGUGCUCACAGCUGGUGAUCUUUAGCCCCCAAGUUCAGCUCAGGUGCUGGGUCCUCUGCUGCUGCCAUGAAGCCUUUACAAGAUAGGGUUUGCUGCAUUGUCCAGACUGGUCUCAAACACCUGGGUUCAGUUAUCCUUCCACGGUCUCUCAAAGUGCUGGGAUUACAAGCAUGAGCCUCCACACCCAAACACUUGGGGCAGUUUUAAGCCCCCAGUAAGGUGCACCAGCAGGACCAAAAGGUGGCCUGGGCCACCCCAACACUCAUCCAUGCAGACCUAGGCAAGUUUCUCUCUCCGAAUGUCAGGCGCCACCACAGACAACGCAAGCAGGAAGCUGGGUAGGGCAAGACUGGCGGUGUGGCAGGCAGAGGUCACCUCUGUCAGGUCGGGGUGGCAUGGGCUGGCUGGAGCCUGUCUUCCCACACAUAGGUCGUGACCUCCAAGGACCAGCUGUCAGUCAUGGUGAUGGGCCGCUGGGAUUGGCAGAAAGCUUGCUCUCUUUCUCUGAGGCUGAAGCAGUGUGGGGCCAAAGACCAUGGCCAGGUUGUGCAGGGACUUUUAUUGACUGCCUUUUUCUUACCACCCUGUGCAGGACCGAAGCAGAGAGUGCUGUUUCUACGCCACCACCAGGAAAGAGGCAGAGGGGCUGUGCUGUGCUGGAGUCCUCUGGGAGGGAGUGACCUCGACCCUGGCUGUGCUGCAAGCUGAUUCCAGCCCUGGUACUUUUAGGUCUCAGCGGCCCAGGAUGAGGGCGGGGUCUGAAAUUACUGCAGAAGGCAGUCAGUUACUCCUCAUGGUCACAACGAGCUGGAGACCUCUCCCAAGGGGCCAGCAGCACCUGGAGAACAGCAGCAGGAGGUGGCGUGAGAGUAGUGGCUCACAGGCAGAGCUCCCCGUGGGAAACUGCGGCUGCCACCCCCUCCCGAGGGCAGCCCAGAGUAGUGGAGGCUCAGCAUGAAAUGAAAGAGGGGAGUGAGGGACACAAGGAGGUGGGAGGUGGGUGGCCCCAGCCCCACAAACUAAGCAGAGAUCCUCUCUUCACCCUAGACUCUGCAGGGGCACCUCAGGCUGGUAGACCAGUUCCUCUAGGUGUGGGCCCAGGACACAGGCCUGCCCUAAGGGUCAUGCAGAGGAUACAGGGCCACACACGCCAGUGCCCUGCUUAGACAUCAGCCUCCAGGUUGACUUGGGGUCAGGCCAGGUUUGAUCCUGUGCUUGACUGGGCCAGGACCCAUGGCUAGAGCACCUGGGGACCCUCGUUCAGCCCUGGUCUGCUGGAAGGGGGACAGCAGACUUUAGGACCCCACAGCACAGCAGUGCUGAGCAUUUUACUCUCUUGGUCUCCUUGAGGAAUAGGACAAGGAGUCCUCUGGGGACAGACAAGGACUUACACAACAGCCUCGGUUGUGGCCCCUGCUUUCUGAGCUUGGUUAAAACACUGACCAUGGCUGAAAGGACACAGCUUGGGUUCCCACACCUCACUUUCCACAGCCCCUAAUGGCAGCAGUGCACAUGGAGGAGACGCCUCCUGUGACUCCAAGGCCUCCAGUGCUCACCGAUGCCCUCAUCAAAGUUGGGUAGAACUUGUCAGUGAAGAGGGGCUCAGGCAGCUGACGGAAGUAGAGCUUCAGCAUGUCUGCGAUGGCGUGUACGUCCAUCUCACUCAUCAUCAUCGUCACGUCCCUGUUAUCUGGAAAGACUAUGGAAAUGCUGCAGCCUCCUUGAGGAUCCCAAAACAGUAAAUGAAGAAAAGACACAGUAAAGAAUGUGAUGUGACCCAGCCAUGGAGCGUGUGAGAUCUCACUGUGGACAUUCACGCCCACACCUCCAUCACAACACGAUCCGGCUGAUGACAAAGGCUGCCUUCAGUGCCUGGAUGUCCGGGGCCACUCCAGACCCGCAGUAGAUGCCCACCUCCUUCAUGCCAUGACGCUUGAUCUACUCCACACAUUGCUGCAAGAUAAAGGGCACCUUGGCAGCUUGUUCAGUUAUUUCAUCUUUUUGUGUAGUUACCUAUUUAUUAUAAAGUGCCUGUGUCAGCUUUGCAAAGCCUUCAUGUUCAUUUAUAGGAAAGUUUUAAAAUUCAUUUGUUUGUUAAAAAUAGAUUGAGUGGCAUUUUUAAAUGCCUGUUUUUAAGCCUAGUAAAAGUAUGUUUGAACU